UUCCUCAACCCUUACUUUUAUGAACCUCAUACUCUCCUUCACAACUACCUUUUCUUCUUGCUUUCUUGGAGAAAAGAUGCAUCUUUUUUCCCCUUAUGUUUCAGUACUUUUUUGGGUGCAUUGCUUCACUCCCAUGGUCCUGUCCAUCAAUUUAGUUGAUGAGUUUGCUCUUAUUGCCUUAAAAGCCCAUAUCACAUAUGAUUCCCAAGGUAUUUUGGCAACAAAUUGGUCUACCAAAAGCUCCUACUGUAAUUGGUAUGGUAUUUCUUGCAAUGCUCCUCAACAAAGAGUUUCCGCAAUCAACCUCUCUAACAUGGGUCUUGAAGGAACUAUUGCACCCCAAGUCGGCAACCUCUCCUUUCUUGUUUCCCUUGAUCUUAGUAAUAACUACUUCCAUGACUCUGUUCCCAAGGAUAUUGGUAAGUGCAAGGAGCUUCAACAGCUGAAUUUAUUUAAUAAUAAAUUGGUUGGAGGCAUUCCAGAAGCCAUUUGUAAUUUAUCAAAACUUGAAGAGCUAUAUCUUGGCAAUAAUCAGUUGAUUGGUGAAAUUCCAAAGAAAAUGAAUCAUCUUCAGAAUCUGAAGGUAUUGUCAUUCCCAAUGAACAACUUAACAGGUUCCAUACCGGCCACCAUUUUCAACAUAUCUUCUUUGCUCAAUAUUAGUCUCUCCAAUAAUAACCUCUCUGGGAGUCUUCCCAUGGAUAUGUGCUACGCCAAUCCAAAGCUCAAGGAGCUUAAUCUUUCAUCAAAUCAUUUGAGUGGAAAGAUCCCCACUGGUUUAGGCCAAUGUAUACAGCUUCAAGUAAUUUCCUUAGCAUAUAAUGAUUUCACGGGAAGCAUACCAAAUGGAAUCGGUAACUUGGUGGAGCUUCAGAGAUUGUCUCUACGGAAUAACAGCCUGACAGGAGAAAUCCCCUCCAAUUUGUCGCAUUGCAGAGAGCUUCGAGGGCUAUCAUUAUCAAUCAAUCAGUUCACUGGAGGCAUUCCACAAGCCAUAGGGAGUUUAUCCAACCUUGAAGAAUUAUAUCUUAAUUAUAACAAAUUGACAGGUGGAAUUCCUAGAGAGAUUGGGAAUCUUUCAAAUUUAAAUAUUUUGCAGUUAGGAUCUAAUGGAAUCAGUGGCCCUAUUCCUGCCGAAAUUUUCACUGUCUCUUCGUUGCAAAGGAUUAUAUUCGCGAAUAAUAGCCUUUCUGGGAGUCUUCCAAUGGAUAUCUGUAAACAUCUUCCUAAUCUCCAAGGGCUCUAUCUUUCUCAGAAUCAUCUCAGUGGUCAACUUCCUACAACUCUAUCCUUAUGUAGAGAGCUCCUAUCACUAGCACUACCAAUGAAUAAAUUCACAGGAAGCAUACCAAGAGAAAUUGGCAACUUAUCAAAGCUUGAAGAGAUCGAUCUCAGCGAAAAUAGCCUCAUAGGUUCCAUUCCAACUUCAUUUGGUAAUUUGAUGACCUUAAAAUUUCUUAGUUUUAACAUCUCUAAACUACAGACCCUUGGGUUGGUGCAAAAUCACCUUUCAGGCAGUCUCCCAUCAAGUAUUGGCACCUGGCUUCCGGAUCUUGAAGGGCUUUAUAUAGGAAUCAAUGAAUUCAGUGGAACAAUUCCAAUGUCUAUUUCAAAUAUGUCGAAACUUACUGUGCUAAGUUUAUCAGACAACUCCUUCACUGGUAAUGUGCCAAAAGAUCUCUGUAACCUGACAAAGCUUCAAUUUCUCGACCUUGCAUACAAUCAAUUGACUGAUGAACACUUAGCCUCUGGGGUUGGUUUUCUUACUUCUUUGACAAAUUGCAAAUUUUUGAGAAAUUUGUGGAUAGGUUAUAAUCCUUUGACAGGUACUCUUCCAAAUUCACUAGGGAAUCUUCCCAUUGCUCUUGAAAUUUUUAUUGCAUCAGCCUGCCAAUUCAGAGGAACCAUUCCCACAGGAAUUGGUAAUUUGACCAAUUUGAUAUGGCUGGACUUGGGAGCUAAUGACUUGACAGGGUCCAUUCCAACUACAUUGGGACAGCUACAAAAGCUUCAGGCAUUGUCCAUUGUUGGAAAUAGAAUACGAGGAUCCAUUCCAAAUGAUCUGUGCCAUUUGAAGAACUUGGGAUACUUGCGUUUGAGUUAUAACAAAUUGUCUGGAUCAAUCCCAAGUUGUUUUGGAGAUCUUCCUGCGCUACGAGAACUCUCUCUUGACUCCAAUGUGUUAGCUUUCAACAUUCCUAUGUCCUUUUGGAGCCUUAGAGAUCUGUUGGUUCUUAACUUGUCUUCAAAUUUCUUGACUGGUAAUCUACCUCCCGAAGUUGGAAACAUGAAGUCCAUUACAACAUUGGACUUGUCAAAGAACCUAGUUUCAGGUUACAUUCCAAGCAGGAUGGGAAAACUACAAAAUUUGAUUACACUCUCCUUGUCCCAAAACAAACUACAAGGCCCAAUACCUGUAGAAUUUGGUGAUUUGGUAAGCUUGGAAUCCUUGGAUCUAUCCCAGAACAAUUUAUCCGGAACCAUUCCCAAGACAUUGGAGGCCCUUAUUUAUCUCAAGUAUCUAAAUGUUUCUUUCAAUAAACUACAAGGAGAAAUUCCGAAUGGAGGACCUUUCGUAAAGUUCACUGCUGAAUCGUUCAUGUUCAAUGAAGCCUUAUGUGGAGCACCUCAUUUUCAAGUCAUGGCAUGUGAUAAAAACAACCGCACUCAAUCAUGGAAGACAAAGUCAUUCAUCUUGAAAUAUAUUCUAUUACCAGUCGGAUCAACAGUAACUUUAGUGGUUUUCAUUGUUCUGUGGAUACGUAGACGAGAUAACAUGGAAAUACCAACUCCAAUUGAUUCAUGGCUCCCUGGAACACAUGAAAAGAUUUCACACCAGCAGCUUCUUUAUGCAACAAACGACUUUGGUGAAGACAAUUUGAUUGGGAAAGGAAGCCAGGGCAUGGUAUAUAAAGGGGUAUUAUCUAAUGGCUUAACUGUUGCUAUAAAGGUUUUCAAUUUAGAAUUCCAAGGAGCCUUGAGGAGUUUCAAUUCAGAAUGUGAAGUGAUGCAAGGGAUUCGCCAUCGAAAUCUUGUUAGGAUAAUUACCUGUUGCUCAAACCUCGAUUUCAAAGCAUUGGUACUUAAAUAUAUGCCUAAUGGAAGUCUUGAGAAGUUGUUGUAUUCCCACUACUAUUUUUUGGAUCUCAUCCAAAGAUUAAACAUUAUGAUAGAUGUAGCAUCAGCAUUAGAGUACCUUCAUCAUGAUUGUUCGAGCCUUGUGGUGCAUUGCGACUUGAAGCCCAGUAAUGUUUUGUUAGAUGACGAUAUGGUUGCACAUGUGGCGGAUUUUGGGAUCGCAAAACUCUUGACUGAAACAGAGUCUAUGCAACAAACAAAGACCUUAAGCACAAUAGGCUAUAUGGCACCAGGUAAAGUUCCUUGCUACUUAUAUUCCUAUUUACUACAAAUUUUUUUUAAUAUCUACCUUAUUUUAUUUUUAUUUCUUCAAAUUUAUGACCAAAACUAACAUCACACACAAGCAGAGCAUGGCUCAGCUGGGAUAGUAUCCACAAAGAGCGAUGUUUAUAGCUAUGGGAUCUUGUUGAUGGAAGUAUUUGCAAGGAAGAAGCCUAUGGAUGAAAUGUUCACUGGGGAUCUAACCUUGAAGACUUGGGUAGAGUCAUUAUCCAAUUCAGUGAUACAGGUUGUUGAUGUCAAUCUAUUGAGAAGAGAAGAUGAAGACCUUGCCACAAAGCUAAGUUGUUUGUCCUCCAUUAUGGCUUUAGCUUUGGCAUGUACAACCGAUUCACCCGAGGAGCGGAUCGACAUGAAAGAUGCGGUAGUUGAACUCAAGAAGAGCAGAAUCAAACUAUUGAUGUAAGGAUUAUUUCAAAAGAUGGGAUGGAACUUAAUAACAUCAAAUUGUUACACAACAGUUGAUGUCAAUAGUUCAAAGGAAGCCAAAAGUCGGAAGUUGGAGCCGAUUAAGAGUGCACAAAGCAAUAUCCCAGGCACUGUUAAGUAUAUGUCAUGGGUCUAGAUGUUUAAUUUCUUUGGUAUUUUCCACAUGACAACCAAAUGUGAAAAAAUCAUUUUUCUGAGCAUUUUUCUUUCUUUCUUUAAUGCUUUUUGAGAACCAAACAUAAGCUAA